UUCCGUCCAGGUAGAAGAAACCGCUCGGGCACUGCUCGUGUGCGCGCGCGCGUGUGUGUAUGUGUGUGUGUGUGUGUGUGUGUGCGCGCGCGCGUGUGUGCAGCUGGCAUCGGAUCGUCGGACUGGUUCACUGCGCGAGACCUGCAGUCCAUGCACGAGGAAUUGCUGCAUUGAAGCUUUUGCAACGGACCGGAUAAUUCGGACCGGGAUUAAUCACGAUAUAUCGGGUUCGGUUUUACCGGGAGAGGGAAUCGAGCUAGUGUUAAAGAGCUCUGUAGGAUGAGGCAUUGAACGUGGGCUGCUCACAGGCGCCCAUCAUCACCCUCUUCAGUGCCUGCAGUGAGAAAAUCCUGCUGCCUUCUGGUCAGCGGCACAAAAGCAUCAGAUUUUCCUCGUGAUGGCCACCCUGCUGCGAAAGAUCGGCCUGAUCCGCCUGCACGACCGAGACACGGAGGACCCCAAGCACCAUCCGAAAGGCACCAAGCAGGGCAACCAGAAGAACAGCACCAAGCACUGUAACCAAAACGAGACGAACAUCCUGAGCACGCCCGAAAUCAAGGCCAAGCGCUCGGACGUCUCGGCCAAAGACAAAACCCCCGCCAAGGACAAGCCGAGCAAGGACGCCAAGGAGAAGCAGCAACAGACCGGCACCUCCAAAUCCAUGCCGCCCCUGGCGCCCAACAGGCAGCACUGCGCUCAGGUGAGGACGCGGCGCCUCAUGAAGGAGCUGCAGGAGAUUCGACGCCUGGGGGACGACUUCAUCACGGUGGAGCUGGCCGACGACAACCUGUACGACUGGAACGUCAAGCUGCACCAAGUGGAUAAGGACUCGGCGCUUUGGCAGGACAUGAAGGAAACCAACACCGAGUACAUCCUGCUCAACGUGUCCUUCCCGGACAACUUCCCGUUCUCGCCGCCGUUCGUCCGCGUGCUCACCCCCAGGCUGGAGAACGGCUACGUGCUGGACGGAGGAGCUAUCUGCAUGGAGCUCCUCACGCCGAGAGGCUGGUCUAGCGCCUACACCGUGGAGGCAGUGAUGAGGCAGUUUGCAGCCAGUCUUGUUAAAGGACAGGGCCGGAUCUGCAGGAAAGCCGGGAAAUCCAAGAAAGCCUUCAGUCGCAAGGAAGCCGAAGCCACCUUCAAGAGCCUGGUGAAGACCCACGAGAAGUACGGCUGGGUCUCUCCCCCGGUUUCCGACGGCUGAUUAGCUGGCCGCGUCCGGAUCGACCCCUCUCCCCCUCCACACGGCUUUCUCCAGUUGGGUUUCUGUUUGUUUCGUCAUCACCGAACAUCGCAAAGGUAUCGUCUCAUGCUGUACGUCGACGACUCUCCACAAGGUCCGCCCGGGCGCCCGUCAUUCGUCUCAGAAGUGCCAUGGAACGCUCGCUCGCCGUGACAUCACAUUUCUAACGAUGGAUGCUACUACGCUUGGGCUGAGGGAAGUAAACAUGGUGCUGAAACAAAAAAAAAAAAGGAAUCGGACAGGCCCGACCUUCACGCCGAAUCUGUACCUCUUUGUUUCAUGUCUUUUUCUUCUCUCUGUUUUACGGUUUCUCUCGUUUAGAGCUGACCACGCAUUGCACUGGAC